CGACACCCUCUAAGUGUCGGCAGAAAACAGCGCAUUAAUUCAUGCCGUCGAAAGAUAUUUUCCAGAGAAAAUCCCGCGCCGGCUGAGACAUUUUCCCGGAAAAUUUCAGCCGAAUUUCCCAACGGAAAAAUGAUGAAGCGGAGGUCCAAUGGGAAAGGCAGAGCGGGGGAUAGCCGUGAUAAUAUGGCGCAGUCCUCGACGUCGAGGGACGAGGAAGUUGCGUGGGAAAUGAGGCCCGGAGGAAUGCUGGUCCAGAAAAGAGGAGAGAAAUCCGACGCUCCGGCUCCGAAUUUGUGUCUCCGGAUUUCAUUCGGCGCUCUCCGUUACGAGAUGUCGGCCAGCGCUCAGUCCACAUUCGGGGAGUUGAAGAAGGCUCUUACGGCGAAGGCAGGGCUACAGCCUGGCGAGCAGAGGCUGCUAUUCAGAGGAAAAGAGCGAGAAAACGGCGAGUACUUGGACAUGUGCGGAGUCAAAGAUCGUUCAAAAGUCGUACUGAUGGAGGACCCAACGGGCAUCGAGAGGAGGGCCGUUGAGAUGCGUAGGAAUGCCAGGAUCCAGACCGCACAUCGCGCCAUACUGAACGUGUCCAUGGAGGUUGACAAGCUCGCGGAGCAGGUCUCGGCAAUUGAAAAUUCCAUAUCAAAUGGUGUCAAAGUACCAGAACUUCAGAUAACCACACCAAUUGAGAUGCUAAUGAGACAAGCAAUCAAGCUGGACAAAAUUUCUGCAGAAGGAGAUGCUUCUGCUCAAAAGAAUUUGCAGGGCAAGAGGGUGCAGAAAUGUGUUGAAAGUCUGGAUGUGCUGAAGAUAUCAAAUGCAAAGGUAAAGCCUGUUGUUGUGACAACCAAGUGGGAGACUUUCGACCCUCCUCCAACCACAGCUAAAUGGGAGUUUUUCGAUUAAACUUUCACGAUCACCGUCACUCUUUUCUUCAUCUUCUUCGCUCAUUCGUUUUAUGUAAUUAGCUCGGGAUCGGAGCGCAGUCACGAGUGAGCUGUCUGUACUUAUAGCUUCUUCUUCCAUAUGAACAUCGCCAAUAAGCGUUGGUAAUGAUCAGUCACAUAUAUAUAUGGUUUAGAUAAAUGCAGUUUUGUUGCAGCUA